GCAGAGCCUGGGCGCACCGAGGGCCCGCGGAGCCCGCCUCGAGCCGCGGCCGUGCAAACGGGAAGCGAGCUCCGGGCCGCCCUGACCACGAGCGGGGCUCCGGAGCCGCCGCGGGGCCGCCCCGAUCCGCACCGGCCGGCGCGCCCCUCCUCCCCUGGCCGGCGCUCUGGGCGCCAACGGCUUCGCGGCUGCAGCGCGCCCCUCGCCUUCUCGGACGUUGCUCUGGGGGUUCCAGGGAGCCGCGGCACUAAGGACCCGAGCGGAGAAUAAAGUCUAGACGACAUUAAGGAUGGCACGAAGGGCCGAGUCGUUGCGGAAGAUGCGGCCAAGUACUGGAACCUCCUUGCCUUUUUAGGAUUGAGAAUUAGCUGAAAAAACGGUGUUCUGGGAAUUAGUCAUUUAUUUGCUGGAGAAUCAUGAUUACUUAAGGCCCAGGUAUCAAAUCGUAGGCGCCUCUCACUUUCUAGUUUGCAGAUGUAGAUUGACAAAAAAAAAAAAAUCCGUCUUAUUUAAGGUGGAACAUUUAACAUUCGAAUAGCCAUUGAUGACACUGUGCUAAUAUAUUUAAGAUAAUGGACAGGGCAGCACCUGCUGUACCCUCUAGGGACUGAUGCAUUAUCCACUUUAAAAAUUGGUUAACCGAACAGCAACAACGCACACAUUUUGCUUUAUUUCAAGUAAAGGUGCUCUGAUGUGGGGGAAUACAAGCCAACUUAGAGCCUUCCUACCAGUCUCAUCUACCAGUUGUAUCGUUUAAAAGGUACAUGGCUAAGCACUGGACACCGGCUGCACCUUACCCAGGAUUCCACAGUUCUCUCAUGGUGAAUUCUUGAUGGAUUUCACUCCUGGAUGCUAGUGACUCUUGGGCAGGAGCCAUGGCUCUGAUCAGGCUGGGGUUUGGAAGGCAGCAUCUUUGUCUGCUAAAGAGAAGGAGUUCCUUGCUGUUGAAACUCACACCUGUUGUCUUUGCCGUGCUUCUGUUUUGUGAAUUUUUAAUCUAUUACUUAGUGAUCUUUCGGUGUGAUUGGCCUGAGGUGAAAACUCCAGCCCACAACAGUGGACAGAAGACUCUGAAAGCCAUGUUUUUGGCUGAUACCCACUUGCUUGGGGAAGUGCGAGGCCAUUGGCUAGACAAAUUACGAAGGGAGUGGCAAAUGGAGAGAGCCUUUCAGACGUCUCUGUGGUUGUUGCAGCCAGAAGUCGUCUUCAUUCUAGGGGACAUCUUUGAUGAAGGGAAGUGGAGCUCCUCCCAGGCCUGGGCAGAUGAUGUGGCACGGUUUCAGAAAAUAUUCAGACACCCACGUCACGUGCAGCUGAAGGUGGUUGCUGGCAACCAUGACAUUGGCUUCCACUAUCAGAUGAGCACAUAUAAAAUAAAACGAUUUGAGAAAGUUUUCAACCCUGAAAGGCUGUUUUCUUGGAAAGGAAUGAAUUUUGUGCUGGUCAACAGCGUCGCCCAGGAAGGGGAUGGCUGCCACAUUUGCUCUGAAGCGGAAGCCGAACUCAUCGAAAUUUCUCACAAACUGAAUUGCUCCCGCGAGGAACGUGGCCCCGGCCCGUGCCGGGGGGCGCCGCUGCUGCCCGCGUCGGCCCCGGUGCUCCUGCAGCAUUUCCCGCUUUUCCGGAGGAGCGAUGCGAAUUGUUCCGGGGAGGACGCUGCGCCUCUGGAAGAGCGGGCCAUCCCGUUUAAGGAGAGAUACGACGUGCUUUCCCGGGAGGCCUCACAGCAGCUGCUCUGGUGGCUGCGACCUCGCCUCAUCCUGAGCGGCCACACGCACAGUGCGUGUGAGGUGCUCCAUGGCGCCGGAGUCCCCGAGAUCAGCGUGCCGUCUUUCAGUUGGAGGAACAGAAACAACCCCAGCUUCAUCAUGGGCAGUAUGACGCCCACAGACUACGCCCUCGCCAAGUGCUACCUCCCCUACGAGAACACCGUUCUGGCCACAUACUGUGUAGCAGCUGGGCUCCUGGUGGUCCUCAUAUUAGUUCACUCUGGGCUUCUACCCUCACCUCUUCUUUUUGGCUGGAACCUGCUCAGAAAAUUUAAGACAACGUAAAGAGCAGGAGACUUUUGUAUUUCCUAAUACAUAACAAAGCCCAAGAAACUGGACCUUGGGCAGGGCUCACGUGAGAUGAGAUCAAAGGAGGCUGUCUUUACACACAUCACAGAAAUUGUAAAUCACUGAUGCGAAUUCCUGCAGAAUAAAUAGUUGAUGGUACUGUUCUCAUGCUAUAAAAAUGGAACGCGUACUCUACAACAAGUCUGUUUCCUCAUUUUAUCAAAUAUAUGUAUAAUCAAAGAUCGUGUCUGUACAAUAUGUAAAAGCUAUUGAAGUCACACUUGCAUGCACUAGACUGUCCUACAUCCCCCAAGAUGGCGACGGCCCGGGAACACACUCGGGAUUGUGUUUGCACAAACACUGGGUUUGCUUCUGUCCCCCUACAAAGUCCUCAAACUCUUAUAUAUUAGAAAGCUGUACACUUAAAAUAAAAGUACAGAUGCCACAAGCAGGAAUAUAUUGUUUUCGCAGACUUUUGUACUUCUGUGCUAAUAAUAGAAUCAGAUUUUUUGAGAAGUGUAAUUUUCUCUCCGGCAGACCAGGCUGUUAAAUGUGAAUAUAAUGCCUGUCCACGAUCCAAAGAAACUUGAAAAAAGGACCGGGAAGUGGCUUUUGGUACUUAAAAAUAAAUAUGUUUUGAUAAUUUUAA